GUUUCAUUGCAGAUCUGUUAUUUAUCAGCGACUUCGUCACGUAAUUCACAUACGAAAGCUGUUCACUGGGAUCAGUUGCGUAACGCAGACGCACUUAUUCUGACGUCGAUCUGUCGAUUCCCCGAACAUACUCCCGAUAAUUCGGUCUUCAACGUGUUCACGGUGAUGGCUGAUACGCUGAAAAAGAAUGGCUCAGUGCUGCUUCCAGUAUGCCCAACCGGUGUUCUCUACGAUCUUCUUGAAGUGCUAACGAAUCAAUUGGAACAACAGAAUAUUCCAAUGGACAUUCCCGUCUAUUUCAUUUCACCUGUAGCUGAAAGUUCAAUAGCAUUUUCAAACAUUUACGUUGAAUGGCUAUCGGAAGUGAAACAAAGUGAUGUUUAUGUACCUAAAGAACCGUUCACACAUGCAAAUUUGGUGCGAAGUGGACGUUUAAAAGUAUUCGAGUCGCUCGAUCGAGCUCUCUGUCAGCAAAUUAAAACGCCGUGUAUACUCUUCACUGGUCAUCCGUCGUUAAGGUUCGGUGAAGCGGUUCGUUUCUUGGAGUUAUGGGGUAACAAUGCUCGAAAUGCGAUCAUAAUGACAGGUAAGGUGAUUCAUUUCAUUUUC